AUGGAUGGACAGUCUCAAGACUAUGCAGCUGCUUCUACUACGGCUGCUUAUGCACAACAGCGACGACAAACAACUAAUAUGCAACAACAGCUGCCGUUUGUAAUCUUCAUGGCCAACAUCAACAAUAUCCUCCAUCUGUUCCAGGUCUCUCUUUCCUACCGCCAAUCCUGUUAUGCAACAGUUCCCUUAUCAUCACCCUAUGCAGCAGCAACCACAACUUCAUCCACAUCAUCCACCCCACCCCACCCUCACCUUCUUUAUCUUCAACAGCAGCAGCAGCCACCACCAGCUUUUGCUCCUCAUUUACCCCCUCCCAUGGGUCCUUCACCUUUCCACGGUCCCUAUGAUUCUGCUCCUCCACCACCAGUCCCACCUCCUUCAGACCCCAAGCUCCAAAAACGGAUAGACAAACUCGUGGAGUAUAUCAUAAAGAAUGGCCCUGAAUUUGAAUCCAUGAUACGAGAAAAACAACAGGACAAUCCAACAUAUGGCUUUCUCUUUGGUGGGGAGGGGAAAGCUCAAAUGCAUGAAACUCCUUUUGCUUCUUUCUAUGAGCAGCAGCAGCACCGUCAACAGGCUUUCGGUAUCCCUGGUCGGUCAGAUUAUGAUCAAUCUUCAAAAUCUUUUAAAGGGCUUUCUGGACCUCUUCCUUCUUAUGUUGCUUUGGAGCUCAACAAUGUGCUCAGCAACCUUACUGGGACAAAAGAAUCCAUUGAACGUGCUAAAACUUGGUUCAUGCAGUGGUCUCCUCUUGCACCAACCUUAGGGACAAAUGCUUUGGCACUUAGAGACAUGAUUUUUAACAUAGAUGAUUCUGUGAAGCAACCUUAUAUAUACCUUGUCAAUGACAUUCUUUUUGAGAGCAUGAUGCAAAGAAUCAAUUCAAAGGACCUUGACAACGAAGCUCUAGCAUUCAAACCAGUUUUAGGUUCCAUGCUUGCAAGAGUAUAUCACAACCCUCAAACGAAGGAGGAAAGGCAAUUGAAAUUAUAGAAGUUGAUACAGUUCUAGGCGUCUAAGGAGAUUUAUGAUAAGGAUACUAUUAACGCACUUGAAGGUGAAAUGAUUAGUGAGAUUCCUACCAAAGCUUUGCCAGGGCAUCCAAAAGAGCUAUCUGCUACAGUAGAUUCAGCUGCUGGAUUGGCACAGCAUACAAACAACCACGCCAUGAACCUGUGGCAACCUGAUAGGCAAUGCGCCAUUCCAAGUUUUCCUGAUCAAGAGCACCCAGAUAAGGCCGUUUCCUCAGGCCAGGCGCUGCCAAGAUCUGUGACGCCACAAAAUUUUCUACCAAGUACAAUACCCACAGCUGAUUUUGUAAGCUCCAUUCCUUUGCCAACUCCUAUUCAACCACCAAACCAACAACCCAAUGCCCAAUUAAUGCCUGCUGCUGUGGGUGAAAAAUUGCCACCAUAUCUUUUGUUCCCUCCUGGUCUUAUUCCUGGAAUGGUGAGAAAAAUGCAGAUUGGAAGUGGAGUCCCAUAUUCUUCCAUGAACCCUUUGGAUAUUCCAACUUUAAUUCCUCCAUCCAAUAUAUCUCCCUUUGAAGUUCUUGAGAGAGUGUCUAAGUGGUUUAAAGAGAUUGGUGAGGUUAAUCCCUCGGAAGGACCCAUGAGUUUUGAUGGCAAAGACGAUGUAUAUACUUCUUAUAGAAAACAAAGAAGUACCAAUUAUCACUCCUCUACGAGCGCAAGGCCCACAACAAAGUGAAAAGAAACAGUUCAAUUCAUUACUAGGAGUGACCUCAUAGCUUGGAACCUGUAACAUACCAACCUUUUUCUGUUUUCUUCUAAGUUUUGCUGGAUUUGUCCAUCAUUAUUAGGUCAUUAGCAUCGGACUCAACCAGUUUAACUGUGCAUUUAGUUUUGAUCUAAAGAAUCAUUCUCGAAAAGACAUACGUUACAAAUUGAGACUCAGUUUUCUUUUUGGAUUUGGACAUCUCGAGUAAAUUGAACAGUGAGUUUUCUGGUU